AUAUGAAUAGAUCAAUCUGGAUUGUCCUUUCCAUUAGCUACCAAAAUGUCGAAAUCGCAGCAAAUACAUGAAACUUCCGUUAGCUACACUCAUUGUUCAGCAUGCGAAUGCAGUUGUUCGUCAUCUUUGGAUUGUGAGUGUUUAUGCGAUAGUUCUGCAAGCGAAGUUAUCUUAUUGUCUGAUUCGUCCAACUCCAGCGGCAAUGAAUUGGAAGCCUUGGGGGCAAUUGGUGGUAAAGAGGAAGAUAAUAUAAAGCCAGUUUUGGAAAAGAUUAAUAUAGCUACCGUGACUGGAAAGCAAAGAAGAGAAACUAUAGUCUUUCCGGUCAGAAAUACACUUUGCAAUAUCAACAUCUUACCUACGAUAGACGAGAAUACAUCAGAAAUAUCCCCAGAGACGGUAAAGACAACGUCGCCGAGAAAAAAAAUUACAAAAAAAGUAAAUAAGAGAAUGGCUAAAACUAAAGCUGAAACGUCAAAAUCCAAGAGUAAGAAACCUAAGCGUUACCUUCACUUGAACGAUGUAAAUUUCCGAUCGAGUAUAAAGAAAACCUUGAAAACGUUACAUCCGGAUAUGGGUAUUUCUAGUGAAGCUCUUGCAAUCUUAGACGAAAUUCUUAAAAGUAUAUUUCAUCGUGUUGCAAUGGAAGCAAGAGACUUAAAAUCACUUAAACAGCGAAAAACUAUGACUGUUGAAGAUAUUCGAGCAGCAAUUGUUCUGAUCUUUCGAGGACAGUUGGGUUCACAUGCAGUUUAUCAUGGCGAUGCAGCUAUUAAAUUGGUUGAAGAAAAUUCCAAAUUAUUAAAAAAACGCAAUUUAGAAGAAGAACAAUAA